AUGUUUGUUGCUAGAAGAUUAUCUAAAAACAUCACACAAAUUAGCAAAACUGCAGUUAAAACCUCAGUUCGUGCUGUCCCAGUUAGAGGUUUCAAAACUACUUCAGUUAACCAAGCCGCAGCACCAGCACCAAAAACUUCACAAGAAAAAGAAUACUUUGAAAAGAAUAAGAGUCUUUUAGAUAAAGAAUCAAAUGAAGAAUCAACUGAAGUUGAUUAUUCAAAAUUAAACGAAAAUCAAGGUGUUGUACAUCAAGUAAUUGGUGCCGUCGUUGAUGUUUACUUCCCACACGGUAAAUUACCAUACAUCAAUGAUGCUUUAAUUGUAGAUGAUUUCCAAGCUGAAAAUGUCGAAAAAGUAAUUGAAGAUCUUAACAACCCAUCUUUAAAGGGUAAAAUCGAUUUCAACAAUGUUCCAAUUUCAAACAUUAAAUUAGUUUUAGAAGUUGCUCAACAUUUAGGUGAUGGUAUCGUUCGUUGUGUCGCUCUCGAUAUUACUGAUGGUUUAGGUCGUGGUGCACUCGUCCUCAACACUGGUUCCCCAUUGAUGGUUCCAGUCGGUCAAGCUACCCUUGGUCGUAUUAUGAACGUUAUUGGUGAACCAAUCGAUGGUUGUGGUCCAAUCCCAGCCACUGAAAAACGUCCAAUUUGGAGAGCACCACCACCAUUCGCUGAUUUAGCCCCAUCCGCUUCAAUUUUAGAAACUGGUAUCAAAGUUAUCGAUUUAUUAGCUCCAUACUCAAGAGGUGGUAAGAUUGGUUUAUUCGGUGGUGCUGGUGUAGGUAAGACUGUAUUGAUUCAAGAACUCAUCAACAAUAUUGCCAAGGCUCAUGGUGGUUUCUCUGUAUUCACUGGUGUAGGUGAACGUACCAGAGAAGGUAACGAUUUAUACCACGAAAUGGUUGAAGCAGGUGUCAUUAAAAAGGAAGGCCCAGGUUCAAAAGUAGCCCUCGUCUUUGGUCAAAUGAAUGAACCACCAGGUGCUCGUGCUCGUGUCACCUUAACCGGUUUAACCGUUGCUGAAUACUUCAGAGAUGCUGAAGGUCAAGAUGUACUUUUGUUCAUUGAUAACAUUUUCAGAUUCACCCAAGCUGGUUCUGAAAUGUCUGCCCUUUUGGGUCGUAUUCCAUCAGCUGUAGGUUAUCAACCAACCUUAGCAACUGAUAUGGGUUGCAUGCAAGAACGUAUUGCCACCACCAAGAAAGGUUCAAUCACUUCAGUACAAGCCGUCUACGUACCAGCUGAUGAUUUGACUGAUCCAGCCCCAGCCACUACAUUUGCACAUCUUGAUGCCACCACUGUACUUUCUCGUGCCAUCUCUGAAUUGGGUAUCUAUCCAUGUGUCGAUCCAUUAGAUUCAACCUCAUUGAUGAUGGAUCCAAAUAUUAUUGGUGUUGAACAUUACAAAGUUGCCACCGAUGUACAAAAGAUCCUCCAAGAAUAUAAAUCACUUCAAGAUAUUAUUGCCAUUUUAGGUAUGGAUGAUUUAUCUGAAGACCAAAAAGCAACUGUAUUCCGUGCUCGUAAGAUUCAACGUUUCUUAUCACAACCAUUCGAAGUUGCCCACGCCUUCACCAAUAUGGAAGGUAGAUUCGUUAAACUCUCCGACUCUAUCAAAGCCUUCAAAGGUAUCCUCGAAGGUAAAUACGAUCAUCUCCCAGAAGCUGCCUUCUAUAUGGUUGGUGGUAUCGAAGAUGUCGAAAUUAAAGCUGCUAAACUCUUAGAAUCCGCUGGUAAAGAAGAAAAGAAAACCACCACUACCUCCACCACUGGUCAAGUCAAAGAAGAAACUGUCAGAGAAAAAGUUACCAGACUCGUCGAUGAAGCUUACAAUGCUAAAGUCAAGAAAUUAAAGGAAUAUGGUGCCUCAACUGCUCACCUUGAAGAAUUACGUGCUCAAUAUGAAAAGAACUUUGAAUCUGAAAUCAGUCAAUUAGAAGUUUUAUUAAAAAAAUAA